CUACUUUUUAAAAAUAUAGUUAAACAUCACCAGAAGGUAGUCCUCUUCAAAAACUCGACAAAUGAUUUUGUCUCGAAACCUAAUAUCCUUAUCCCAAACAAAGCAAGCCCAUGCUCGCAUCAUUGUCUCCGGUCUCGCAGGCAAAGCAUCCCUUAUGGGUCAUCUCCUUUCUUUCCUUGCUAUAUUCCCUUCCAGCCCUUUUGAUUACUCCCUCUCUAUUUACCGUACAAUAAAAAACCCAAACGUUUUUGCCUCCAAUAACAUGAUUCGGUGCUUUGCCAAGAGCGACAUGCCUCUACAAUCACUUGCUCUUUACUCUAGUGUCUUAAGAAACUGUGUAAGACCCAAUAACUAUAGUUUUACUUUUCUCUUGCAAGCUUGUAGUAAGGGUUUGGGUUUGGAUGAAGGGGUUCAAGUUCAUGGGCAUGUGCUUAAACUUGGUUUUGGUGAGGAUGUUUAUGUGAGAAAUGCAUUGAUCCAUUUAUAUUCUUCUUGUUGUAGAACUGAGAGUUCAAAACAAGUGUUUGAUGAAAGUCCGCAUCAUUGUGACGUUGUUACUUGGAAUGUAAUGUUGGCUGGUUUUGCAAGAGAUGGGCAGGUUAGUGUUGUACAGAAAUUGUUUGAUGAAAUGCCUGAAAGAGAUGUCAUUUCGUGGAAUACGAUGCUUAUGGCCUAUGUUCAUAAUGGGAAGCUUGGAGAAGCCUUAGAGUCUUUUAAGAGGAUGAGAGAGAGUGGGUUAGUACCAGAUGAGGCCACGUUGGUGACAAUGCUCUCAGCAUCAGCACAAUUAAGUUUGCUUGAACAUGGUCAGUCGAUUCAUUCAAUUAUAGAUUCUUUGAGUCUCCCGAUGACUAUUAGCAUCGGGACUGCGCUUCUGGACAUGUAUGCAAAAUGUGGAUGCAUUGAACAGUCUAGGCUUUUGUUUGAAAACAUGCCUCGAAGAGAUGUUUCUACAUGGAAUGUUAUGAUUUGUGGAUUGGCCUCGCAUGGACUUGGAAAGGAUGCUCUCACACUCUUUGAGAGGUUCUUAAAUGAAGGACUUCAUCCCAUGAAUGUAACCUUUGUGGGGGUUCUGAAUGCUUGUAGUCGAGCAGGUUUGGUUAAGGAGGGCAGACAUUAUUUUCAGAUGAUGACAGAUAGCUAUGGCAUUGAGCCGGAGAUGGAGCAUUAUGGCUGCAUGGUUGAUCUCUUAGGACGAGCUGGUUUAGUAUUUGAGGCUAUCAAAGUGAUUGAGAGCAUGGCUAUCUCACCAGACCCGGUGUUGUGGGCAAUGGUUCUGUGUGCUUGUAGGAUUCAUGGAUUAGCAGAAUUGGGUGAAAAAAUUGGGAAUAGACUAAUAGAACUGGACCCAACCUAUGAUGGACAUUAUGUGCAAUUAGCUAGUAUUUAUGCCAAUUCCAGGAAAUGGGAAGAUGUAGUUAGAGUUCGAAGAUUGAUGGCUGAGAGAAACACUAGUAAAGUUGCAGGUUGGAGCUUGAUAGAAGCCCGAGGAAAAGUACAUCGAUUUGUUGCAGGGCAUAGAGAGCAUGAGCAGUCUCUAGAGAUACAAAAGAUGCUUGAAAUAAUUGAAACUCGGUUAGCAGCAGCUGGCUAUGUUCCCAACGUUUCACCUGUCUUACAUGAUAUUGGAGAGGAAGAAAAGGAGAAUGCAAUUAAGGUGCACAGUGAGAGGUUAGCUAUUGCAUUUGGUCUUCUGGUUACAGGGCCUGGAAGUUGCAUUCGGAUUGUGAAGAACCUGAGGGUUUGUUGGGAUUGUCAUGAGGUGACCAAGAUGAUAUCAAGAGUGUUUGGAAGGGAGAUAAUUGUAAGGGAUGGGAGCAGAUUUCAUCAUUUUAAGGAAGGGAAAUGCUCAUGUCUAGAUUAUUGGUAGAGUAAAAGUAUUCGUUGUUAGUUUGUUUUCUUUCAUUAGGUCUUUGCUGGAAGUUUCCAGCUUAGUCUCUGUGUGGCAGGUGCAGCGUAGCUGGACCCAAUUCUGGGAAAAUUGUGAAGCUGCAAAUGCAUUAACUUCCAGCAUAAAAGUAGCUACCCUAUUUAUAGCAUGGAAUGAAAGGAGUUGUCUUGUUAGCAAUGUAAAGGUUAGGGUUUUCAGCAUCAUUUUUUGGUAUGUUUCUUCCAAUGCGUAAUAUUCGUUACAUAAUGAUGGGGCAGCAAAUUUUCCAAUUUUACCAAUGCGUGCCAUAUGCCACCCACAAACUUUCUGCAUAAUGCAGUAGUAAGCCUUAUUAACCCUGGAACAGGCUAUUUCGUAAUGAUUUUGUGAAAUCUUAUUUCUGAAGUAGCCUAUAUUAUAAAUAGAAUACCUGUAUUUUAUCUUAAUGUCAAAAGAGAGGAAACCUAUGAAGAGAGUUUUGCCAUUCUCAUUCAAGAUAGUGCUGACUUUUGUAUUAUUUUUGGUGCUAGAAUGAUCAGCAAUAGAUCAUGUAGCAAAUUAUCUUUAGAAGAUUCUUUUACAUAGUUGCAAUCAUCUCUUAGCUUGUAUUUUAAACAGAGCUAUAAUUAUUGCUCAUUAGAAUUUAAUUAGAUUAGCCCAUAGCUGUCUGUAUACAGAAGUAUGUUUACUGGCUUGAAUUUGAUUCAAGUGUAUUGGCAAGUUGUUUGAUCAGACAUUUCCAUAAGGUUACGAUUGUAGAUAAUCUGUGCUAUUUUAGAUUCAUUAGCUAUUUUUGUUACUUCUGUGUUCUGAGUUAAAAACAAAGUACUAACAAUUUUCCAACGGAGAGUACUUUUAGCACAACUUCAUCAAGUUCUUUUGUGAAUUAAAUGACUAAAUACUCUCUUUUUCAGCUGAUUUGGUAAUUGCAUUGAUUCUGACCAGUAUUGUUCACCAUUCAUUUCUGUUCAAGUUCCAGUUAGAUAUCAGAGUUAACAAUAGAGGUAUAUGACAUGCAGAUUUUGGGGUUUCUGCACAGUUAACAAGAACAAUAUCUAGGAGAAAGAAUUUUGUAGGAACACCAUUCUGGACAGCUCCGGAGGUGAUUCAGAAUUCAGAAGGAUACAAUGAGAAGGUACUGUUCAAGACUUGGAGACUUUUUUUCAUUUAAAUUAUAAACAGUGUUGAGAGUGGUUUGUUUGUUCAGUGAUUGUAACAGCAUUUGUUAUUUAUGUUCAAAACAGUCAUCCAUGUUGAAAAAGAUGAUGCAAUUUGUUGGCUGUAAUAUGUAAAUUCUCUCUUUUAAAUAAGAUUUCGGUGAAGAUUUAUAA